CUCUGGAAAGUCAGCUUGUCAGUUACAGCAGCGCGUCCCCUGAACGAUAACGAAGAGGUAAUUUUAGGUGAGAAGCCUGACCACGGAGACCGGGGUGAGAAGGUGAUGAAGCGUACUUCAUGAGCUGUGACCGAAUAACUACUGUCUUUUGGAAGGUUUGAGGGAGUGAGUGGAAAAUAUGUGCAAACGCCCCCGAAGAGAGGCACACUGAUAUUCUCUCAUUCUGUUAUUUAGUCUACCCAAGGAGAGCACCACACGACUCUGAAGAACACACAAGGCAGCCAUUGCUGGGAAAAUGCAGGGCCAAAGAGAGAAGACAUUCAUAUUGAUCCUCGUUGCUGCGCUCUCUCACAGGGUGACUCAGGCAAAGGUAAUGGACAUGGUUCCUAAUGCCGUGGAUGACCAGUACACUCACUGUCGGGAGCAGAUGUUGAAGAAGGUUGUGGAAGGGGGUCUGCUGGAAGAAGAACUGAAAGGCAGUUCAGAGUAUAGGAAUGUCUGGGGGGCAAAGCAGUGUACAAAUUUAAUCCCGGGAGGCGUCAAGCAACACACGGAUGCAUUGGUGGCUUAUGGACAUGGGGGAAAUGUGUUCAGAAAGAUGUUCAACCAAGCAGUGGAGACUCAGGGUGGGAAUGUCACUGUCUAUAAUAGCAACUUCCGGUUCAAAUCCCUCCACUUCCUUCUAAUGGAUGCCAUGAGGCUUUUGAAGACAGAGAACUGCCAAACUGUGUUUCGUGGUUCAAGCAAAGAGUAUGAGGCACAAGUAGGGUCAGAAGUGCGAUUUGGGAGGUUUACCUCAACCAAUGCCAGGCGUUCUUAUGCGGAGGAAUCUGCUUUAGACAAUGGGAUCCUUUUCAACAUCACUUCCUGCACUGUAGUCAAUGUGGAUGAUUACACUUGCUUCUCAGACAGCAUUGAUCAGCUAAUAUCCCCAGCAGAGGUGUUUAGGGUGGCUGAGGUAAAGAAUGUAAGAAAUGAAGAUGACCAGUACAGAGAGAUCGUUUUGACAAGUUCAAGGACCCACAGCAUUGACAGCAUCCGCGACUGUUUCCUCUUCCCCAGAUCUCCUACAACUACGAGUCCUCCAUCAAUCACCCCCAAAGGCUCCUCUACUCAAUGUCUUGGCAGUAGCCUGUCUGUUCUUGUGGUUGUAUCUCUCUCCAUCUCCCUGAUCACCAGGACUGAUCAUCUCUGAUAAACUAAAGUGUUGAGCGCUAAUAGAUGCGGUAAAUUAGUCAAUGGAACGCAGACCGUGGGGGAUAGAAGGACGCACAUUCAACCAAUCUGAUUUAACAAAAUAGAUAUUUGUCAAAUUGUCAUGUUUUAUGUAUUGUAACAUGCCCAUAAUGUGCUUAAUAAAGUUUGAUGGAUA